AACAAGUUAGCAGUAGGAGACACUUGAUAGGUCAUGAGUUGAGAGUAUCUUUUGAUCUUUUAGUCGUCUGCGUCCAAAAACAAGAUGGACGAGCAGAGCCCGGCAGUGUGGGUGAGAGGUGUGGGCAAACACUACGGCUCUGGGAAGAACAAACUUCAGGUGAUGACUGGCCUCAACAUGACCGUCCCCCAUGGAGCCAUCUAUGGCUUGCUGGGCCCUAGUGGCUGUGGGAAGACCACAUUACUACGCUGUAUUAUUGGUAGGUUGAACAUUGACUAUGGAAAUAUUGUUGUACUGGGCGAUACACCUGGAGCAAAAAACCAUGGUAUUCCUGGAAAUAUGGUGGGAUAUAUGCCUCAGGAUACAGCUUUGUAUAAUGAGUUCUCCAUUCUGGACACCCUGAUGUAUUUUGGACGACUUCAUGGCAUGGACAGGAGAGAGAUCAAACACCGGACAAAGUUUCUGCUAGACUUCUUGUCCCUGCCCAGUCGACGCAGACUAAUUAAAGAGUUGAGUGGAGGUCAGAAAAGGCGAGUGUCCUUUGCCGUGGCAUUGUUACAGGAGCCUGAGCUGCUAAUACUGGAUGAGCCCACAGUUGGAGUGGAUCCUGUCCUCAGAGAAAAGAUCUGGAGUCACCUGAUGGAGAUCACCCAGGGCAGUCAUCACACGACAGUCAUCAUCACAACACACUACAUUGAGGAGGCUCGCCAGGCUGAUGUGGUGGGCCUGAUGAGGAAUGGGUGUUUACUUGCGGAGUCUGCACCUGCUGAUUUGAUGUUACAGUAUUCUCAGCCGAGUUUGGAGGAUGUGUUUCUAAAGUUGUGUCGUGAUGAUGAGAAUGCACGUGGCCACCAUCCUCAGUGUCCAACCCUGAACAGUGACACUCAGGAUUUCAGCCAUGCUGCCAUCACAGCUAUGGACAGCCCAGACCUGUGUACCUCUACAACACAGCUCACUCUCUCAGUCCAUCACAGAGCUCCCCAUGGCUUCAUCCACGUGCUUAGCUCCAGUGUUGUGGAAUGCUGCACUUGCCCCAAGCUUACCAACAUGGCUGCCCUCAUCAUUAAAAACUUGACCAUCAUGAAGAGGAACCUGGGGUUUCUACUCUUUGAGUUCAUGCUGCCCUCCAUACAGAUCAUUCUGUUUUGUCUGUGUAUUGGGAAAGACCCGUAUGACCUGAAUAUUGGAAUUGUGAAUAAUGAUCAUGGACCAUUUGGGGGCUGGUUUAUACAACGGUUAGAUAAUAGGACAUUCCAUAUGAAGAUGAACUAUUCCGACUUAAACGAAGCCCUGUCAGAUGUAAGGGCAGGUAACUCUUGGGGUGUCAUCCACAUGGGGGAGAACUUCACCAGUGAUUUAGUGCUCAGGUUUAGGAACAUGUCAAGUUUAAGCAAUGAUACGAUAUCAGGAGGCAGUGUGAAGCUGAAUCUGGACAUGACCAAUCAACAAAUUUCGCUGAUAAUUCAGGAGCGGGUAGCAGAGGCAUUCCAGUCGUUUAUGUCUUUUGUCUUAGAGCUAGCUGAUCUUCCCCCAGGGCUGGCACAGCUACCUAUCCAGUUAGAAGAUCCUGUCUUUGGAACAAGACAUCCAAGUUUUACUAACUUCAUGGCCCCUGCCAUUAUCCUCAGCACCACAUUUUUCCUGGCCACUGGUCUUACUGCCCUCUCAUUCAUCAUGGAGAAGAAAGAAGGCCUGCUGGACAGGAGCCUUGUGGCUGGUGUGUCGUCUGUUGAGAUCAUGCUCUCCCAUGUUUGUACACAACUCAUGGUCAUGGUUGUGCAGGUCGGCCUUCUUCUUGUCUUCGCUCUUAUUGUCUUUAAGGUGCCGUACAAUGGUCCAUUGAUAUGGGUGAUCCUGCUAGUUCUUUUACAAGGCUUCUGUGGUAUGGCCCUGGGUCUGGUGAUAUCUGCAGCCUGUGAUAAUGAAAACUCUGCUACUCAACUGGCCUUAGGCUCCAUGUAUCCCAUGCUGCUCCUGAGUGGUAUUAUUUGGCCUGUGGAGGCAAUCCCUCACUGGCUGUGGUAUGUGAGUAUUUCUCUACCCAUGACCUAUGCUGGAGAAGCCAUGAGGUGUGUCCUCAGCCGAGGUUGGUCAAUGCUUAACAUGCCUGUGUGGAGAGGGUAUGUUGUGACCAUAGGCUGGGGAGCGGGACUACUUCUGCUGGCACAUAUCAUCAUGAAGAUUAGCAGUAAUGGCCACUGAAUCAUAUGUCACCUUGACAUAGGUGUCAUGAGUAUAAGAGAACUUUAUCGUAGUCAUGGUAGACUUUACAAGGUCAAGUGGUUACAUCCUCAGAUCUGAUAGAGGUUACUGGGAUCAUUGCCAGAGGAGAAUUUUACUGUAGUUACAUGGAUCUUACAAGAUCAAGUGGUUACAUCCCCAGAUCUGACAGAGGUUACUGGUAUCAUUGCCAGAGGAGAAUUUUACUGUAGUUACAUGGGAUCUUACAAGAUCAAGUGGUUACAUCCCCAGAUCUGACAGAGGUUACUGGGAUCAUUGCCAGAGGAGAAUUUUACUGUAGUUACAUGGGAUCUUACAAGAUCAAGUGGUGACAUCCCCAGAUCUGACAGAGGUUACUGGGAUCAUUGCCAGAGGAGAUUUUACUGUAGUUACAUGGGAUCUUACCAGAUCAGGUGGUUACAUCCCCAGCUUUAACAUAUGUAAAAUUGUACCUUUAUACAAGAUCAAGUGGUUACAUCCCAGAUCUGACAGAGGUUACUGGGAUCAUUGCCAGAGGAGAAUUUUACUGUAGUUACAUGGGAUCUUACGAGAUCAAGUGGUUACAUCCUCAGUUCUGACUGGCGGAGGAUUUGACUUGAAGAUACAAGGAAUCUUAUAAGAGCCAGUGGUUACAUCCUCAGAUCGAGAUCACACGGAAUCAUGAAAUCAGAUAAUCAGUGGGUUAAUCCUGAGAUAUGGACACAUUAGCGUGGGAAGAUCAUAUUUUGUUUAUGGAGUAGGGCCAAAUUAUAUUAGUGUCAUUGGAUCAUAAAGAUCAAGUAAUGAAAUUGAUGUAAGGAAAGCCACUGUGUAGCAUGAUGGAGGCAUGAUGAUAAUGCUAUUUAGCAUUACAGCGACCACAUUGGUGAGAGGCUUCUGGGUCAUUACGCUGCGCUAGCGCGCUAACCAACUGAGCCAUGGAGGCCUCCCAAAUAUUUUUAGAACAUUUAUGGAGUACUAUUCAUUCAUUAAUUCAGCUCUAGUGUCUGACUUUAUGUUCACGUUAAUAAACUUAAGUUUGAAGCCUUUGUCACAUGCAAGAAAUUUGGUCUACAAGAAUAUUAUUUAAAAAUGAAAUAAAGUAAAACUUGAUCAUUUACAUAGGCAAGCUUGUAUUUCCUUCAGUUUGCUUAUUACAUUUGUUAUUAAAAACUGGGCCGUAUUGCCACUGGAUCAUGAAAACAUGGCUAUGCUAAAAAUAGUGUACCAGCACAUAAAUUUUUGUACCAGCAACUCUAACUUGUGCUCAUGAAUAUUAGUCCAGUCAUGUUUGGUGGUUUGUGUCAGCAGUUUGUGAACUGAAUUUUUUACUGAGUCUGUGAAUGUAAGCUUGUAUUGGUCAGAGUCCACUCAUAAAGCCCUGAAGUAUCCUUCCUAGAUGCCAGCUGUUUUAACUGUCUGUCAUCAUAUUGUUUUAUCUUUCUCCAUCAUAGCUGCAGAGCUACAUUUGUAAGUGAUUGAGACUUUGUAUAAUCAAUACUUGUGUUUAUUAAGAUGGGCUGGAAGUGGAGAAUUUUGACCUACCUGUGUGUGUGUAUAAGUAUGUGUGUUUAUAACUGAUGGUGUUAAGGAAGAGCGAUUAUACAAUUAGUUUGGGACAACUCACAGGAACACACUCAAAGGAUGCAGAAACAGUGCAAUGAAAUUGGCUUAUGUGCUUCAACGUGCUUCAUCUCAUCUCAUUCUAUGCAUAAAGAAAAGUGAAAAUGUGAUUUACUUGCCCUAGUGAUAUACACAAUUGUAUCUUUUGCAUUUUACGCAUUUGAAACGAUCUACAUAAAAUCACGACUUCAGCCAUUUUUGUGUUAUGGUGACCUUAUUUUUCUCUUCAAAAGGUUGCUGUUUUUUCCUUCUUCUUUUUGUCUAGGUAUUCUUUCCCAGCAGCAUUGUAGGCCUGUACAAUGAUGCCUGUUUUGUCUGUAAUCUUCAGGGAGAAGCCUAAUUCGUGUAAAGAUUAGGAAAUGGCAUUUAGUACAGCCAGUUGGGGGUUUAAUAUGUAACAGAUUUAUAGCACAAUAAGAAAUUUCUUUUAAAUUUUUUUCUUCAGAUCAUUUUACUUGCUUUCCACACCGUUAUGAGUUAGACCAUUCUGAAUUGUUUGCAUCAAGUUAUUCACUGUGUGAAGUGUUUAUUUGCAUGUUUACAGAUUGUUACCAAAGUUUAUGAAUUUGAAUACAUAUAAUAAGCGUAAAUAGUGUAAUUACAAAGUAUAUAGUGUGAUGCUAACGAGGCAGAUACGAUGUUAACAUACAUAUACCUUAGUGAUAUUAUUAGUAAAACAAAACUGUAUUAUUAUGUCUUCAGAGAAAUGCAGAAAAAAACAUUGUGGGUGUAUUUUAUGUUGAGUAUAAGCAUGAUGUAAAUCAAACAGUGCAAUCGUACAGACACUGAACAGGCUAUAUUAAAUCUAGGUUUACCUUUGACACUAGCCUGUAGCUGUUGUACGCAUACUAUUUGUAACCAUUUGUAAGCUGCUCAACUAUAUGUACAUACAGAGCCAAAUGUUGCAUUUAAUAUAAAAGGUCAUACUAUAGAUCCAGACUGUCUGUAUGUGCACUGUCACAUAGCAAAUUGUCAGGGCUGAGGGACUUCAUUAUUUGACAGCCUAUUACUUUACUUACUGAUUUGGGAGGAUAAUGAUGCGCAAAAGCCUACACGUGGCCUUUCCUCCGUAUUUGCCUGUUGAUUAACUACUGUACUGUACAGACAGAUUUUGCUCACAUAUUAAAUCGUGGCUAAAUGCAUAAUAGAUUCUCUAAUAGUAUAUAAACGCCCCAAAAGAUGAAAAGCGCCUUAAUGGAAAUUGUAUUAUCGGUCAUAAAGUAAAACACUGCCCAUAUGAAAACAGUCGCACAAAAAAAAAAACAGUGUCAAAUUAAUCGCACAGAAAUAUUCUUGUGUAUGACGUAAACACCAAUGAAAUAAAUAAUCGUACCGGAAACACUGCCAAUGAAUGUGAAAUUAGUCAUACUGUAAACCACAAAGGCAUAUAUAUCCCUCCAUUAUAAAACACUAUCACAAUAAAUGUGGAAGAAGUAGUACACAAAAAUUCUGUCCAUAAAUGCGAAAUUAGCCAUAUAGUAAAACACUGCCCGUCAUGUGAGUUCAGGUGUAUAGUACAUAUUUUCGGUGGAUUCGCAGCGUACACAUAUCCCCCACCCACUCCACCCCACCGCAGCACGAGUCCGCCCAUGCACGCGCGAAGUCGACUAAGCACAAGUUAUUGGUUUGAAAUCUGGAGGUAACGGUUUAAUAACUGUUACAGCUGUCAGAGAUAGCAUAUUUGUGGGUAGAAAUCUUAAUACGUAUAAUGCAAACCUAAAUGUGCCAUUGAUUUUCUUUAUCAUAUAUGAAUAACAUAAAUCAUUGGAUUAUUUCUUUGUCAAUCGGAUUUUCCAAAAGUACAUGUAUAAUGCUCGUCUUGUCGAUAAUAGGCGUGAAAUGCCAAUGUUAGCUGUGAACUGCCGAUCACAUACUGGCAUUCUGCAUAGUACUUUGACUUCUGCCUGUAAGGCAUCAGAUGUGAUUGUUUUUCUUUCAUUUUUAGGAACAAUCAUUUACCUGGUGUUAUUAUAAAGUUAAUAUGUAGCCGAGUUAUCGUAUUUGCUGGUGUCAUCUUUCACUCAUUUUGCCAUGUUGUUUGACCAUAGGCUUUUCUAUGUUUUUAUCCAUUUCUACUCUAUACCCCAAUAAUAUUACUCCAUGCCAGUUAGCCCUCUUUUACCAUUGUGUUCGUUGUUUUCUCUAGACUAAGCCAAAGUUGGAACCUCCAUACCUUGUGCUGUUUGCUUAACAUUUAUAAUCCAGAUAAUUUUACCAUAGUAAUAGGGACAAAAUGAACGGACUAGAGUGUAUUGAUUUUGCCGUAUAUGCUUUUACUUGUAUUAGUACGUAGAAAAUGUUGUAUUUUCUGUAUGAAGUAUUGCCUAUCUUGGAAGUAGAAGGAGAUACCUGUGUAUAUAAAUGUAAUUUCACCGUGUAAUAAUUACAUCUACGUAAUGCAUGGUGGAUUGAUUGACCGCGUAUUGUGUUGAUUUUAGUGAGACUAUUCAUGGAAUGGCUUUCAAAGAAUGGAAAAAAAGACACAUUGUUUGGUUCUGUUAUAUGGUUCUGAACUAAUUUGUACAGUUGUUCUCUGUUGACAAUAUUUUCUGACAUGUAGUCUAUAUAGUGCAGUGAUGGAAGGUAGUCGUAUUGUGUCCAAUUUGCACAAUGUCUUGAGAACAUUAUAUCGUUAUUAUUUACACCGAAAAGCUUUCCUAUCCCUCAAGAAAAAAUUCUUGAAAAUUAUAUGACAGCACGUUCUCUGACGGCAUUGAUCAGUCGGUCACUAUCCUACUAUGCCGAGGUCAAUGACAUCAUUGAUCAGUCGGUCACUAUCCUACUACGCAGAGGUCAAUGACGUCAUUCAUCAGUCGGUCACUAUCCUGCUACGCCGAGAUCAAUGACAUCAUUGAUUAGUCUGUCACUAUCCUGCUACACCGAGGUCAAUGACGUCAUUGAUCAUUCGGUCACUAUCCUAAAACGCUGAAGUCAGUGACGUCAUUGAUCAGUCGGUCACUAUCUUUCUACGCCGAGAUCAAUGACAUCAUUGAUUAGUCUGUCACUAUCCUGCUACACCGAGGUCAAUGACGUCAUUGAUCAUUCGGUCACUAUCUUUCUACGUCGAGGUCAAUGAAUUUCAGCGGUUUUCGUCAUUUUGAUACACUGUGGCGAUACAAUCGUUUUCGAGACAAGAGAAGGAUUGGUAUAUGAGGCGAGGGCGUUGUACAAAUAACUGUCCUCAUCUGUCUCCAUGCAUUCUCGAACAAACCGGGUUGAUCCCCCGACAAAUUAAGAAGCAAGAUAGGGUAAUCCUUUCAGUUGAUGAGGAGGUCACCUCUGCUCGAUUUGUGAAUCAACAUUCUUCUCAACACCAAUGUUAACACACUUAACACUUCUUAACACACACUUACAUUAAUGUCUUGAAUGUCACUUUACCACGCUGUAAGGAAACGUUUUCUUACAGCAGACCGACGUGGAGACAUAGUGGGAUAAGUAUAUCUGGUGCUGUCAAAUACAUGUGAAAAUUCGCUUCUGUCAGUUUCAUGUGAACUCUCAAAAACCGUGCAUCACACAGAAGAAUGUAUACUAAAGCUAAAU